AUGGAAAAAGAACUCGAUAAAGUUGUAGAAGAGAUUAUGACAACUCCUAACGUAAGUGGCUGCUUAGUGGCAGACCACCAAGGACUUUGUUUGGCGUCAAAAGGCACAGCUCACGUUGAUUCAGCAGGCCUUAUCGUUGCGAUUUCAGAACAAGCUUGCAAAAUACAACCUAACUUGAAGCCUCCCACUGUUUGCUUGGAAACGGAUAAUAAAAUAUGCUUGAUACAAAGACAUGGAACAAUAACUGGUGCUGUUUUUAAACAAAAGGCA